CAACGGUGUCGCAUGCCACUGGUCCUGUCGAACAGUCCAUUCCACGCGAUACAGAAUUCGAGAGAAUUUGACCACACGGUUGGCCGAAUCAACGGUGCAUCGAACAUCGCAUUAGUCAUUGUAUACGCUGGUUCCCAUGUCGAGUCCACACGCAACCCGCCACUUGAUCGAUCGGUUGCGUGCCGUGGGACUGGACAAGUACGUUCAGUUGCCCCAAGUUGCCGACGCCUCCACUGUGCCGGUGGAAAGGGUGCUGCCAACGGUCGUGGCUGAAACGUAUGUGCAACUGGCGUCUUGCAAGGACAAGUUAGCGAUCCUCGGGGAGCCCAUGACUACCCCAGCAGUGCGUCGGGCUACGUUUAUGAAAAAUGUGCCCUUGAUGUUGGAUCGGUUGGAAGGCGGGGUGAGCGGGAAUUACAACGACACGUUCUUCGACGACACUGACAACCGGCUGCGGGCUCGACUUCAGACGGCCGAGUCGGAAUUCCAAGUCGCGAUUGACGAGGUUUCGAUCGUGGAUGGUACCGCCGCCCUGGACAUGUCGACGCCGGAGGUGGCUUCGGUGGGGGACUUUGUGGAAGUUUUCAAUGGAGAGUGGGUGAUGAAUGCUGCGGGCGAAACUAUACCUGAUCCCAAUGUCAAGUGGGAACUGGAUCAAGUGACGGAAGUGGAAACGACGUCGAACGAAGUAUUGACUGCCAAGCACUUUAAGCGUGAAUGGCGAGACUCAUCCGAGUGGCGGUUCCUGCCCCCGACGUUUGCAAACAUUGUGCGACAACGUUACGUGGUGAAAUGGAAAAGGCCGAUGCGGGCGCUGUUUGAAACGUGCCAAACGUUGCUGCUCGAGUUUGUGACACGGGUGACUGGCUCGAUGAAGUGCAAGCCCAAGUUGCAAGCUCACUUGAACCACGUCGCACAUGAAAUGUUGGAGUCCCUGUCGACCGCAGCCUUAGUUGAAUUGGACAAGUUGAUCGAAGCGGAAUGUGAUCCGAGUACGCUGAAUCUGCGACUCGGUCAAGUGUUGUUGGAGUUGCGGACGAAGCCAUUGAUUGUGAAAUUGGAUGUGCUUUCGGGAAACAACGACGCCACAUCUGUAUCUGUGGGCGCCAUGAAAGCAUUACUGAAACGUCAUUUUGCGGAGGAAACCAACUCGAACGAAGACUUACUCGUCAAGGAAUUGCAUUUGGCCAUUGCCGCGUAUAUGCCGGUGGCGUCCAAGCGCUUCGUGGACGAGAUUCCCAAGCUUUUGAACACCAAGUUCAUCCAGCCGUUCUUGUCGGCGGUGCGCAACGAAGCGUCGGAAACGUCAGACCAAGUGCUGGGCCAAGUGCUUGUGGACGAUGUAGCGGACGUCGAGCAGUAUGAGACGUUGUCCAACCAGCUCAAAACUCUCGAGGCGGCCAACACGCUCAUCAACGCGCACUUAUUUCCGUCACCUUAUUAGGUUUCCAACACUAAGUUGUGCCUCUUGUAUAUAUAUCAUAUAUAUAUAUAUACUACG